UUCCGUUCCUACGGGAUUCAGAAAUUGGUGGUACAGAAAACGAAUCAGUAUAAAUCGUCGCUGGAACCAGUUCAGAGGCUUGCCUCUGAUUUGGCAUCCAAGAAUGAAAUUAAUCGUCCAUUUCAUUGUGUUGUGUGCAGUUUUACAUAUUGCUACAAGUGAACGUGAUCAGACAGGAAACAAUAAUACCAGUUGUUUCGAAAAUGGGAUGCUUGAUUUAAAAUUGGAAUCGAUUCUGCUCAUGUUGGAGGCGCUGGAACAUAGACUACAGAAGAUGGAUAGCAUGCAAUUACAGCUGCAGAAAAUUGAGGACCACAUCCAGCAAUUUCAAUCCAACCACGAACAAAGCCGAAAAGAAAUAUUCGCCGCAAUUCAGAAAAUCGAACAUCAAGGUGCGUUUAAUUUUAGCGAGCUUAACAAUCAUAAUUUGAAGAAGGCGAAUACAACGUUGUGUAAACUUGAUCGUAACCUAGAACGUGUGCAAGAAUUUCAGUAUAAUAGCAGACCGUCGUCUUGCAAAAAUGAUUCAUUGAGUGUGUCUGGAACAUAUAUGAUCCGUGUGAAAAGUGAUAGUGAACCGUUCAAAGUGUAUUGCGAACAGAAGGCUUUCGGUGGUGGAUGGAUAGUGUUUCAGCACCGUUUCGACGGAUCACUGGACUUUUAUCGAGGGUGGAAUGAGUUCCGCGACGGAUUUGGUGAUUUGAACAAAGAGUUCUGGUUGGGUCUUGAGAAGGUCCGCCAGAUAACAAGAGGCCGUAAGCACGAACUGAUUGUUGAAUUGAAACACUUUGAAGGAACAUACACGUACGCGCGGUAUGAUUCAUUUGAAAUAGGUAGUGAGAGUGACCGAUACAAACUGAAGGUUCUUGGAAGUUAUAGUGGAACUGCAGGUGAUGCAAUGUCAUAUAGUAUGGGUAGGAAGUUCUCAACCAAAGAUCGGGAUAAUGAUGUGAACGUCAGGAAUUGUGCAAAGAACCACGAAGGUGCAUGGUGGCACAAAAGCUGUACACACGCGAAUUUGAACGGGAGAUACUACAAUGCAAUCGAUUUAAAAUCAAUGUUUUGGUAUUAUUUAAAUAACGACUGGCAAGGAUUGAGUUAUUCACGAAUGAUGAUCCGAGAGUUGGAAUAGCGUUUCUAAUCGGAUCAAUAGUAGAGUGCAAUGAAUGAACAAUCAACAAUGGUGCGAAACAAUAUUGAAUAAAAACGCAUUUUAUCAA